CUUGGCAUACUGCAGGGUGCAAGCGUUACGGCCGUAGCCGGUUGCUAGGGGACCGGACUCUGGGUAACGGGAUAGCUGCGCCCAGAUGGAGACCAGCGGGGAUUACCGCAACGGUUCGAGGUACUCAGGGAGGACGGGGGAUCAGGGUAUCGGAGCAGAGAGUGUGGGUAGGAGCGGGGAUUAUAUCACCGACACUAACCCGGUUACAUGUAUUUAUCAAACAGCGAAACCCACACUGCGCCAUAUACAGAGAUACCCCCUCCCUGAUACACUGCCAGCCGCACACUGUAUCCAUAUACAGAGAUACCCCCUCCCUGAUACACUGCCAGCCGCACACUGUAUCCAUAUACAGAGAUACCCCCUCCCUGAUACACUGUGUCCAUAUACAGAGAUACCCCCUCCCUGAUACACUGCCAGAUGCACACUGUAUCCAUAUACAGAGAUACCCCCUCCCUGAUACACUGUAUCCAUAUACAGAGAUACCCCCUCCCUGAUACACUGUAUCCAUAUACAGAGAUACCCCCUCCCUGAUACACUGCCAGCCACACACUGUAUCCAUAUAGAGAUACCCCCUCCCUGAUACACUGCCAGCCACACACCAGCGGGGAGAUACCCCCUCCCUGAUACACUGCCAGCCACACACUGUAAUACACUGCCCCUCCCUUUUACACUGCCAGCCACACACUGUAUCCAUAUACAGAGAUACCCCCUCCCUGAUACACUGCCAGCCACACACUGUAUCCAUAUACAGAGAUACCCCCUCCCUGAUACACUGCCAGCCUCACACUGUAUCCAUAUACAGCGAUACCCCCUCCCUGAUACACUGCCAGCCGCACACUGUAUCAUAUACACUGCCAGCCACACACCAGCGGGGAGAUACCCCCUCCCUGAUACACUGCCAGCCACACACUGUAUCCAUAUACAGAGAUACCCCCUCCCUGAUACACUGCCAGCCACACACUGUAUCCAUAUACAGAGAUACCCCCUCCCUGAUACACUGCCAGCCUCACACUGUAUCCAUAUACAGCGAUACCCCCUCCCUGAUACACUGUAUCCAUAUACAGAGAUACCCCCUCCCUGAUACACUGUAUCCAUAUACAGAGAUACCCCCUCCCUGAUACACUGUAUCCAUAUACAGAGAUACCCCCUCCCUGAUACACUGCCAGCCACACACUGUAUCCAUAUAGAGAUACCCCCUCCCUGAUACACUGCCAGCCACACACCAGCGGGGAGAUACCCCCUCCCUGAUACACUGCCAGCCACACACUGUAUCCAUAUACAGAGAUACCCCCUCCCUGAUACACUGCCAGCCACACACUGUAUCCAUAUACAGAGAUACCCCCUCCCUGAUACACUGCCAGCCUCACACUGUAUCCAUAUACAGCGAUACCCCCUCCCUGAUACACUGCCAGCCGCACACUGUAUCCAUAUACAGAGAUACCCCCUCCCUGAUACACUGCCAGCCGCACACUGUAUCCAUAUACAGAGAUACCCCCUCCCUGAUACACUGCCAGCCGCACACUGUAUCCAUAUACAGAGAUACCCCCUCCCUGAUACACUGUAUCCAUAUACAGAGAUACCCCCUCCCUGAUACACCGCCAGCCUCACACUGUAUCCAUAUACAGACAUACCCCCUCCCUGAUACUUAGGAAAGCCAGCCUCGCACCAUAUCCUUAUACACUGACAGCCACACUCUCCUUUUACACUCCCAGCCUCACACUGUAUCCUUAUACAGAGAUAUUCGCUCCCUGAUACACUGCCAGCCACACACUGUAUCCAUAUACAGAGAUACCCCCUCCCUGAUACACUGCCAGCCACACACUGUAUCCAUAUACAGAGAUACCCCCUCCCUGAUACACUGCCAGCCACACACUGUAUCCAUAUACAGAGAUACCCCCUCCCUGAUACACUGUAUCCAUAUACAGAGAUACCCCCUCCCUGAUACACUGCCAGCCGCACACUUUAUCCAUAUACAGAGAUAUUCUCUCCCUGAUACACAGCCAGGCACACACUGUAUCCAUAUACAGAGAUACCCCCUCCCUGAUACACUGCCAGCCGCACACUGUAUCCAUAUACAGAGAUACCCCUUCCCUGAUACUUAGGAAAGCCAGCCCCGCACCAUAUCCUUAUACACUCCCAGCCACACACUGUAUCCUUAUACAGAGAUAUUCUCUCCCUGAUACACAGCCAGCCACACACUGUAUCCUUUUGCAGAGAUACACACUGCCAGCCACACACUGUAUCCAUAUACCCCCUCCCUGAUGCACUGCCAACCACACACCGCCUCCCUGAUGCACUGCCAGUCACACACUGUAUCCAUAUACCCCCUCCCUGAUGCACUGCCAGCCAUAAACUGUAUGAUUAUACAGAGAUAACCCCUCCCUGAUGCACUGCCAGCCACACACGGUAUCCUUAUACAGAAAUAUCCCCUCUCUAAUACUCAGGAAACCACACACUGUAUCCUUACAGACCACAAUCCCACACUGUAUAAUUAUAUAGAAAUACUCUCUCCCUGACAUAUUCAGGCAAACCUACACUGUAUUCUCAUACAGAAAUAACCCAUCCCCAUACUAUGGCAAUCACACACUAUCCUUAUCAAGAAAUAGCCCCCCCGAUACACAUGCAACCCCAUACUGUAUCCUUAUCCAGAAAUACCCUCUCCCUAAUACACAGGCAAACCCACACUGUAUUCAUAAACAGAAAUAACGAAUCCCCAUAUUCGGGUAUGUUCUCUCAUCUUAACAUAGAAGGUUUAGGGAUUUAUUUAAUAAAAAGUGAAUUGUUGUGAGAUGAAAAGUUUAUUAAAACGUUUUGUAUAUAACAGUAAUAAAGUAAUCUUGUCAUGACUAGUUCACUUUAACAUAAACCACUCCCAAAUGCAUUCAAUACAUAUUGUCAACAUGCAUCUGAACUUAGUAAUUCCAAUCACACUGUCAUGUACUCCCUAGCCAUCACUAACAGCGCUGGAUAAGGUACUACUAUAGCAGCCACAGUGUAUGUCACAUGUGGGAAGUUCCUGCUGCUCUCCUUCUCACUCAAUUCAUCAGCUCACUCAAUUAUAUGCCAAAGAAAUGACUGACAGAUGGUAGAAAGACCUAUUUAUAUAUUUUUUUUCUACCAUUCAUUACAUUUGCUAGAAAAUCUGCUACCACAAUGUAUAGAUAGAAUUGUAUGCUCUUUUCUUUUCCAAUAUAGUUAGUCUGUCCUAAGUUUUUCAGUUUGGUUCAUUUCACCACAAUUGUUACUAGGGUUCAUUCAGUUAGCAGAGAAUUGUAGUGAAACAGAAAUCGGAAUUCUAAUGUUUAGGCAAAAAUAGCUAAGCUGUGACUAACGGAGAUGGAGACUUUUUUCCACACAGUAAGUAAAGAGACCAUCCUAAAGCUCUAGCAUAUAUAUAGCCGCAUCAACAUUAUGGGCAGCUUACUGUCUUUCACAAGGACAACCGGCUCUGAGGUUUCCAAUUCUGUACUUUAAUGUGCAAACAUGUGUCAACCUAAAGACUACCACCUACCAUGUUGUAAAUGAUUUCCUUAUGUUUACCUGUACCCAUUCGGUUAAGUGACUGUAAAGUAUUCGUUGUUAUUCCUGUGUUCGGGACAUUUAUUUGUUCUACCGAACGGAGACCACCCUGGGUAGCAUUCAGAACUUAGAACACCAAGUAACCACGAAAACCGCAAGGUAAUUGAGUGCUUCCAGGUGGCCGCCAUUCGGCAUACGAACACGUGGCGAGAACAAAGGAUGGCGGCCAUCUUAGAUCUCCCCAACACAGUCAGCGGGACUUACUCGUGGAUUGCCUGGAACCAUUUUCGGCAUGACAAACACACAAACACCCGGUCUCUAUGGAAGUCCCGUCUGACCGAUUUCCACUUACAGUAUCAAACUGGCGUUCGGGAGUUUUAGUCAACCGAAUGAGGGGAGGAUUCAUAUGGAACCAGAUGCUGUAUAACUGUGAUAGUUUUCGUGUAAUUACGCACGAACGGAGACCGGCUCUUGCUACCAAUUUCAUGGACCGCUAACUCGGAUACAACCACACGACGAGCCCGUCAAACUUCCACACGAUGCGACACGAAAACUACCGAACGGAUUUUCGUGCUAUUUGGAUAUGUUACUCCUAGUAUCCUCAGCUUCCCAGGGAUGUGAUUGUUAUAUUUCUAUGACAUGUAGAAAGUAUAUUUUUGAAAAUGUGUAAUAUUGUUAAUGUUUCUGGUCAGCAGAUAAUUGAGUUUAGUAUGUUGCUGAAACUCAAUUAUCUAGCCUGGCCCAGAGGAGGAGCUUGUACUGCAUAAAUUGAAUGCCUGUUGCUUCCAGUAAAUCAGUCUUGUUCCAGCAUUAAUCUUUGGCUCGUGUGUGGAUUAUUUGGCGAUACCAGCGUUAUUUUACCCUGUGGAUUAUUGUGGUUAUUCUGCUAUUGGGAAAAAGGGAAUACUGGAUGGUGAUACAGAUUACUACCAUCACACAUGUGAUGACAUUUUAAAGCUUUAUUAGUAUUCAGGAGGCAGCACAGAAUACGACCUCAGUUUUGUAGUUUGAAUUUAAAUUUGCUACAGUUAGACGUUUAGUACACAGUGUGUUGCUAUUUGGCAAAAAGACUAGCAGGCAUAGGCAACCUUCGGCACUCCAGAUGUUUUGGACUACACCUCCCAUGAUGCUUUAUGGGGGAUGUAGUCCACAACAUCUGGAGUGCCGAAGGUUGCCUAUCCCUGGGCUAUGGGCUUUAGACCAAGUGUACUUUUUAUGAACCUUUUCUCAUUUAUUGAUUUAAGCCCCUCCCCCUACUCCAAACCUUAUGUCCAACCCUAACAUGAAUUAAAUGUAUCCUCAGAGGGGAUAUGAUAACAUUAUACAAAUAUAUUCGGGGCCAGUACAAACCUUUAUCUGGAAAUCUAUUCAUAAACAGGGCUAUACAUAGGACAGGAGGUCACACAUUUAGGCUGGAAGAAAGGAGAUUUCAUCUAAGGCAAAGAAAAGUAAAUGACUCAAGAUCUUUGAUUGUAUGCUCAUUUGAGCAGAGCCUUGUUUACCUCUUGUCUCUGUUAUAUUUUUUAUGUCAAUCACUUGUCAAAUAUCCCCAUUCUAUAAUUGUAAAGAGCUGCAGAAUAUGUUGGGGCUAUGUAAAUGAAAAUAAUAUAAACCUAUAUUUCUAAAUAUCACACCUGCUAUUUUGAACCUGCACCUACAUCAAUACAACCAAAUGGUGCACUAUAAUUAACUCCAAAUAUGGUGCAAUAAAGUGCCAUUGCUACAAUUAUGUAAUUGGAGGCAUUUUUUUUCACUCUUAAUAUUAUGUGGGAACUCUGGACCAAAAAUAGGAUGCCUAAACCAGACCCAGUAUUUUCAGGACCCCACUCAGUGCUUCAGCCAGAGUCAUUCCACUCUUGGCAGUAUCCCUGCUAGUGAAUAACCCUAACAGGGUAUUUUACUAAAGUGUGAAUUCAACUAAACUCAAAAUUUUAGCAAAUGGAAAUUUGAAUGGUAAAAUUGAGGCUAAAAUAGCCAAGCUGAGACCAUAAUUGUUUUGGAGAACUUUUCUAAAUCUACUAUUUUGAAUUCAGUUUUGCUGUCCAGAUUUUAGUAAAUUAAAGUUCAAAGUGAAUUUCAGUAUUCUUCAAAAGUAGCUUAGGUGAAAACCUUUGCCAUCUGCCUUCUCUAUACAAUUUUUAAAUCCAUUGAUAUAUAAAUAUGUGACUUAUUUUUCAAAGUAGCUUAAGUUGUGAAAGUUACAUUGAAAUCUCACCUAUAUAUAUUUGUAGUCGGGGACAAAAGCCUUACUUAUGAAAUAGAAGUAUAUGCAAGUCAGUUGUGGUGUGCCAAAACCAACAUAUCGUGUAGGCCUGUCAAUUGAUAGGUUAAUCCCUCCCCCCUUUUCUUUUUCACUAUCAGUAUCAGCCCUGUAAUGGAGGUGGCCUGGGUUUUUAUAGCCGGGUAACCCAUCCCACAAUUACAGGCUGCGCCUUUCUAUUUGUAGUCGGGGACUAGAGCCGUACUUGUGAUAUAUGCAAGUCGGUUUAUUUAUUAUACAAACAUUUACAACGCUAAAUCUUUAAAGGCUUGUCUCAACUCCUGUUCUGGCUGGGGAAUAUAUCUUGUUAGCAUACUUUUUGCACAGUGUGAUUAAUUUAGUAGUUUCCUCCGGCCCUGUUAAUUCCUUAAUUUCAGAGCAAUGUCCUGCAUUGGAUUAAAGUUCAGGUUAGGUGAAGGUAUUCAUCUGCCAGGAGCCCACAUCAGUGCUGUACUCUCGCACAUGUGCAAGAGUACAAUACUGAUGUCCACGGAGGAUCCGCAAGAUUGCGAAAGUCUCCAUAAACCAUGCCUUUUUCCUCAAAACCAUCACUAGUGGCAACUGGGGGAAGUGACAAAAACGUAACACCGGUAGCUCCGCCUUUUGUCAAGUUUUUUUCAGGCGUAGGAAAAAUGCAGAAGAAAUCUAGUACUUGCUUCUUAUUAUAUCUUUUGACUUAGUUGCAAUUUCAGUGAAAUUCAUUGUAAUACUUAUUUUUAUUUUUGAGUGGGUGACAGAGCCGCUUUAACUUAUAUUUUACAGUGUUUUAUCACUUGGUAUAAUAUAUAUUCUGCAUUAAAGAGUUACUCCAAGUCUUUUAAGGGGGUAACCUUUUAAAAUGACCUAUUCAACUCUAUGGAGAAGGCUCACCCCAACCCCCUUGAUUUGCUGUAAACCUGCAAAAUAAAGCUUUUUACUCCCCUUAAAUCCAGGGCUGAGCGAAGUUCCCGGCACUGAACUUCCACACCCCUCUGUCGUCGCAGGGGCCGUGACCAUUUUGCUGGCUCAAAGCACAUGCGCAUGCUCUGGGCUGGCGAGGUGAGGGAGGGUUUAAUAAAAUAAUACUAUAUGAAACAGAGGAAUGUGGGUGGGAGGGGCUAACGAUCCUGUGACGGAAUGCUGGCACUCCGACUGAGUACCUCCGCCAAUCGAUGCUCCUAGUGCUCGCUGAGGACUCCAAGCACUCCAACCGACACCAUCAGCACUGCAGACCCCACUUCCAGCGAUGCAACUGCGCCGGGGUCUCUGCUGUUUCCACCCACCCUGGACCCAAGGCCAGGAUCCAGCUUCCAGUGGGUGAACCUCUCUUUCCCCAGAGAGCAGGAACAGGAACAAAUCAAGCUAUUGCAAGAGCUUCCUCUGGGGAGUAAGUGAUUAUAGCAAUCCCCAGAGUGUAGGUAUCCCUUCCCCCAAACAUGAGCCAAGGCUUAAUGCUGGAACAAGACUGAUUUACUGGCACACAGAACUCACAAUUUAUGCAACACAAAACUCCUCCUCUGGGACAGGCUAGAUAAUUGAGUUUAUACAAUACACAAAGUUCAAUUAUCUGCUUGCCAGAAAUAAUACAGUUUCAUAAAACACACAGGGACCCCAAAACAUGCAAUAACCCCAUAAAAAGUAUAUCCUUGGAACCGGGGGAUCUGGGUGAACCACACAUCCAAAAUUCACCCAGAUCCGUUCAGUACUUUGGAAAAUACAGUUUAAUGCAGAUUCUGCAGAACAUAUACAGGCUAAAUGAAAAACAAUCACUGUAUAAUGUGUCCCCUGCUGUAUAGUCCAAAACCACUGCACGAUGUCUCUGUGCACCAAAUACUGGCAAGAUGGCACCGUGUUGAAAAGUCCAAACAGUGUCUGUGAGUUAAAAUGGCCGCCAUCCAUAUCUAUGAUAUCUUACUUAUUGGAGUUUGAAAUAGGGGAGUUUGUUUUAUUUAUGUAAAACACAGAUAUCCAGAACUCAUACUCAGCUUAUUAACACACAUACCUCUAUAUGUAUCUACUUGUCUCCUAUGCAAUUCUUAAACCUGAUUGCAUACACUGCCUGUUGUCACUUAAUUACCUAAUGCUAGAUAAUGUCUUGUCAAUAUUUUACAGCAUAUUGGAAGAUGGAAAUGCAAAACUUCGCCAGUCAAAGCUACAUAACCAGGUAAUGGGGGGAGGGACAUUCUUCAAAGACAUGGCAUAAUAUAUCCCGGUGUCUUUUACGUGUGCAACAUAUAUAUCAUGUAGAUGGUUAAACAAUUGCUCUGAUACAUCUUCCUAUCGGCCCUUAGAGAGCUCUCCUGGAGCAGAAGCAAAGACGGAAAAGGCAGGAGCCACUUAUGGUCGUACCAAACAGUGAAGUCAGGCAUCGGCGUUCCAAGCCCAAAAAGAAUGAUGAGCAAGCCCCUCUGGUGCAGCAUACAAAUACAGGAACUGUACAGUGUGAUGUAAUCUUGGAUGGUGAGCAACACGGGGGUCUUUGGGGGAGUUAAACAUUGCUUAGAUUGGGAAAACUGGUAAGGUGUGUGUGUGUGUGUGUGUGUUAUACUUGAGUUAAUUAUGCUGUGGUGAACGCGGGUUACAGUACUAAAGUAUUUUUAUGUAAUUAUUCCUUCUCCAAUGAUUUCUCUUUUACUCCACUACUGCAGUUGUAUGUCACAUUAAGUAUCUAUCUUAAAGGGGCACUCUAAACACUCUAGUUAUUUGUAAUGGUUAUGGUUUGUGAACGCUGUCCCCUUAGUAUACCUUAGUUAUUCACGAUAACCUUCAUUCAGCAUGAUAACAUUCACUCUCUAAAUCUGCAUUUAAGGCUGACUAAUAGAAACAUUUAAUUUCUAAAAACUAAAAUUGGCACGGUGUGGGGCCAAACGCUGUUUUUGCCAAUCAGGACCUCCUCAUAAAGAUGCAUUGAAUCAGUGCAUCUCUAUGAGGAAAAUUCAGCGUCUCCAUGCAGAGCGUGGGGACGCUGAAUGACACGGCUGCUUACUGUGCAGCCCUGAGCCAGAAAGCCCCUCCGGUGACCAUCCAAGAAGUGGCCACUUGGAGGUGUCCCUUGGGGCAAUGUAAACACUAUCUUUUCUCUGAAAAGACAGUGUUUACAUGAAAAUGCCUGAAGGGAGCUAUUCUACUCACCAGAAUAACUACAUUAAGCUGUAGUUGUUCUGGUGAUUAUAGUGUCCCUUUAAUUUCUAGGGUUUACAUUGUGACAAUGACGGAUGGAGUACAUAACUCUGCCCCUUCCUGGUCAGUUGAGUGCACACAGCGUAAACUUUACAAAAUGUUUUGCUUUUUUAUGAAUAGGCAUUGAUGGUCCAGCUGCAUUCCUCUGUGGAGACCAGGAUUUAAGCAACAAGGUUCAUAUCCUGUCUGUUGGAGAGACCUGCACUGAUGAUGAGUUUGAUGAUGAUGACAUUCUGCAGACCAGCACGAAAGCAGCCAGCUCAAGGCCAGGUUCCAGAGAGGAAAAUGCAAGGCCUACAUCCACUGAGGAAAAGCCUAGUUCCAGCAAUGGGAAACGCAGACCUGCUUUCCAAGAGACAAAGACCCAAGCAGAACCAGAUGUCUCUAAACGUGUCCUCCAAGAGAUGCUCCAGGAUAGAGGUUCGGUUUACUGCACUGAUACCCCAAGCCACACUGAGUAAUGUAUAAACAGUGUUUAUUGGUAAAGUUAUACAACUGGAACAUACCCCAUGGAAACUAGUGAAAUGGUUGCAGAAUGUUUAGGACUUUGUCCAAGGAGGACUCUUUAUAAGUACCCCUCAUAGUUUCCAUUAAUGAAUGCCUAGUUCAUUAGUUCAAUUACUUCAUAUAUUUAAAGCAUUACCCUGAUGUUGUAAAGGUAAGUUUAUCCCAUUAUAUAAUCUAUAAUUUAUAUUAUAAUUAUCCAUUUCAUGACAUCUUUCUCUUUAUGAACAGCAUUUAUAUUCCUGCCUUAAAAGACAGAACGUAAGAUUAUGUUGCAUUAACCAUUUGAAUAGUAUGCAUCUGCAGCACAGUGAUUGCAAAAAAUGCUGAUAUUGUAACUUGUCAUUUCUGAGCUGAAGAAAAGCAUGCAUUAUUAACCUCUGUUUAACCACUAAGAAUUCUUUAUAAUUCAGACCAUCGAUUUGCAUUUUUACCUAUAAAUAUCGGCCAAGUCUGUUUUUUUUUGUGUUUAUUUAUUUACAUUUUUUCCCAGAGUCCUAAAUAUGAGAAAAUAUGCACUUCUCUUUCUUACAGGUAUAUCAGACAGCCUAAAUUUCGAUGAAGAAACCUCAGAGGAAGAGGAGGAAAAGUCUGGCAGUACACGGCCAAGUUCAGCAUCUAGCAAAAAGUCUUUGACAGUGAGUUCUCUUAGACUUGCUUGCUUUUCAGUUACCAAGUGCCAUUAUCUGUUUAGAUCCAAUUAAUUCUUAGGAGUACAUAUAGUGGGCCUUUCUCAUAUCUAUUUGAUUCAUACACUGUCUUAAUGUUUUAAUGACUUUUUAGGAUGUGGGUUCUGCAGAGACUGCACAGAUAGGUCUAUCGGGAGAUGGACUUGAGGUGAGUGACUUGAAAGAGUUUGUGCUGCGUCCUGCUCCACGUGGAAUCACUGUUCGAUGCCGUAUUACCCGUGACAAGAAGGGAAUGGACCGUGGUCUCUAUCCCACGUACUAUAUGCAUCUUGAAAGAGAUGAUAACCGGAAGGUCAGUGGGCUAAAAGGAAUGAACACAGCUUGUUGAGACAUUGUUUAGAUGAACUAAAUCCUGCUUUAAUUUGGGGGAGAGACUAUAAACCUCACCAACAAGCUUUAAGCAAAUUAUUAUGACCAUAAUUACAGAUGUGGCAUAGGCUGCAAACCCCAAUGAAAUACACUUGGAACUAUUCAUCAUUCAAACAAAUGCAUACACACAUGGGAGAGGCUCUAACGUCAACUUUAACUAUUUCUAGCUGCACAAUAUGACUGCCAUCCAAUUUUAGAACCUCUUGACAAAAAAACAGGUCUCUCCUGCACUAAUAGUCCAUUUCAUCUGUAAUUGCAUAGAUAAUGCACAGCAGUAGCAGCUUGAGAGCCUUGGGGAAAUUUUGCACCUUUAAGAAGGUUGCACCUUCAGGCAGAUGUCUACUUUGGCCUUCUCUGCUUUGACAUUGUAACUUUUCUUUUUUUUUUUUUUUUUUCAAGGCCUUUCUUCUUGCUGGUAGGAAGAGGAAAAAAAGUAAAACAUCUAAUUACCUCAUGUCUAUUGAUCCAACUGAUCUUUCCAGAGAAGGAGAUAGUUUUGUGGGCAAACUACGGUAAGGGUGGCCUGUGUAUUCUUCUUGAUAUAGGCAGAUUCCUCAUUCCUUGACUUUCUUUUUUUGUUUCUGUUCUCUCUUUUUUCAUUUUUUUGGACAAUCUUUAUUUAAUUACAUUUCCUUUUUGGUAAAAAUUCUAACAUUAAAAUGAAUGAAACAAGAAAAGCUAUGACAAUGAUAUUCGCUUCCAUUAAGCUAUAAAAUCAUUUUGAAAGUACCCCAUAAGUAUGUGUGUGUAUAUGUAUGUAUGUAUGUAUGUAUAUAUGUAUAUGUGUGUGUGUGUGUGUGUGUGUGUAUAUAUAUGUGUAUAUAUAUAUAUAUAUAUAUAUAUAUAUAUAUAUAUAUAUACAUAUAUAUACAUGAAUUGUCUGUUCAUGGUGUAUAUCAUCAACAAGCGGGGCAUGGUUUAUGUUUCCAUAGAAAGUAUAAAUGAAAAUAGUAUAUAAAAUUAAGGUGGACAGAUUUUAGAUGCCACUAUAAUGUUCAUAUAAUAGCUAUUUAUAUAAUAUGUAUUUUCAUUAUCAGAGUAUGACCAUUAAUGACAGAGUGCAUCUAUGUAAGACUACUGCAGCUUGCUAUUUGAAUCUGAGCAGUAAGUAAAUGUAUUAGCCCAACUAACCUAAAAUUGUAGCAAGGCUUAUCUAGAUGAAUGAACCUAGUGUUUAAGUAGAUUACCUAAUUCUAGGGUAGAAAUUAAUUUAUGCUACGAGUAGACAGUAGUAAUAGGAGGCCAGAAAGCAAGUAGAGAAGUAAUUAGAAGAGAAUAAAAUAGGAGUAGCAAAGAAAAAAAGAGACAUUGUUGUGAUGGUGCGGGCCCCGCCCCAAAUUGAACAGUUCCAAAUGUGCCUAUCCCAGGGUACUCAGAGCAAGGAGGGUUCAUGUUAUCCCUCUCCCAUGCUAUAAAAGCCAACCACGAAAGGCAGAUCUCUCCAAACCUCUCAUCUCUGCCAUAUAGAGCUGCUAUAAUUGCCUCCAUAUUUCUAAUCUUCUUCAUCUUGGCUAUCCAUUUACCUAAUCUUGGAGAGGUUGUAUGUUUCCAGAGUGCAGGGAUCAGUACUCUUACUGCACUGAGAAAAUGCCUAGUGAGGGAUUUUUUACAUUUAGAGAUCGCAAAAGGGAGAUGUCUGAGCAGCAUAGUCUUGGGAGUAAAAUCGGCCCCAUCACCCACAAUCUAUGUCAUAGACUCCUAAACCUGGCACCAGAAAGGCCUUAUCAUACCAUAUGUUGAGCAGCGUGCCUAUUCCCAUAGUGCAUCUCCAGCAAGUAUUUGGCACUCUCGGUAAUACCAUAUGUAGAAGAUGAGGCAUGCAGUACCACAGUGACAUUGGCUUAUAAUUGUUUUCUUGAAUGGAGAAGCUGAUGGAAGAACAAUGCCAUUGUUUCUCCAAGAAUACAGUCUCGAGGUCGACUUCUUAACGUUCCAUAAGUUUUAGCGGUUCCCCCUUCUUUCCUUUAAUGUUAUUACUUUCAUCCUUUUUGAUUGCCAGACAUUACACUCUUACUUUACCUUAUAUUGUCUUUAUUCCUCUAGGUCCAAUCUAAUGGGUACUAAGUUUACUGUGUAUGAUGAUGGAGGAGACCCAGCUAAAGUUCGAGGACAGACAGAUCCUUCUAUGUUUCGAAAAGAGCUGGCAGCAAUUUGUUAUGUAAGCUAGAAAAUAUUCUUUCCUCAUUCACUCAUAAUGGAAGGGGCACUCAGAUGUCAUAUUAAAGGUGUUACUUUAACUCCCAUAACUGCUGUCACAGUCUUGUUGGGUGACAAUGCUUUAUGGGGUUAUACUUCCAUCAUCACUGUAUAUUUUGUAGUCGUUUAUAAAACAUUCCAUAUUUGCUCCUAGCAGUAUUUAUGUUUUUGCUUAUUCUUUUCUAGUGAGGGUACUGGUAAAAUUUUAACGGUUGUUGAGCACUAUUUAAAUAAUAGGUCUAUCUUCUUGUGAUUGCUAGGAAACCAAUGUCCUCGGUUUCAGAGGUCCACGAAAGAUGACAGUCCUGAUUCCAGGCAUGAACAGCAAUGAUGAACGCAUAUCCUGUCAGCCAGAAAAUGUGAGUUAUGUGUUCGCCUUUAGCUGCCAGAAAUGUGACUGCUGUGCAAACUCUGUUCACUGUUAAUGAAAACUCUAUUCCCUUGAAGGAUUCCGAGAGCCUCGUAUCUAGGUGGCUAAAUAAGUGUCUUGACAAUAUAAUCGAGCUGCACAAUAAAGCCCCUGUGUGGAAUGAUGAUACUCAGUCGUAUGUGCUCAACUUCCAUGGCCGCGUCACUCAUGCAUCUGUCAAAAACUUUCAGAUUGUUCAUGACAAUGACCGUAAGUUUCAAAUCAUACAAUCAGUAGAGCCCUCAUUUUCUCUGUUUGGGCAACAUUGUGUUACUUUAGGGUAUAUUCACUAAUGCCAAAUUUACCUUCGCUAAUUUGGCUUUUUUUUUUUUUUUUUUAAUGUAUUAAAUGUGAAUUCAUUCUCUUACAUUUGAUUGUUAAAAUUCCACUAUGGUUCACCAUAUUCAAUGAGAGAAUGUUAACCUAAUUGAGCUAAAUGGAUCCUUGCUAUUUUAAAUUAAUCUAAUUGCUGCAGAUAUUGGGGAAAGUACCUAUACAGAAUUGUAACAGCGUUUUCUUGCUAACAGAAAAAAUGCAGCUUAUGUAAGCAUAAUUUGGGGGUGCGAAGGUUAGGGUUUCCAUACAGGAUUAAUGGAAGGUUUGUAUAACAUUAGGAAGGAUAAUGUUUUUUGUGCAAUUCCCCUGGUCUGGCAUCAGAGAUAUCGUAACUACUGAGUGAAGGUAAUUAAUUUACAAUGCAUUUAUUUGUGAAUCAGACAUGCCAGAAUAAAAGUGCAAAAUUGUUUGAAAUAAAAUUUGUAAAUAGCAGAAUGGGUUAAAAAAGCUGACUUGUGACAGCUGAACAGUUGUUAAUCAAAUAGUCUGGCAACUUUAAAGGGACACUGUAGGCACCCUUACCACUUCUCAUCUAAGAGGUCCAGGUGCAGAGUUUUUAGUUUGUAAAACAUUGCAGUUUUAUAGAAACUGUAAUGUUUACAUUGCAGUGUUAAGACUGCCUCUUGUGGUUGUCUACUAAAAACAGCCACUAGAGGCUCUUCCUGCAGUUUCACAGAAAUGGCGCUGGAUGUCCUUGCGUUUUUCAGAUGAUGUCCAGCAUACUGAAAAACCUCAUAGGAAAGCAUUGGGUCAUUGCUUUCCUAUGGAGAAGAUUUAACCCCUUAAGGACGGCUGGCAUUCUAUGCCGUCCUUAGGGAACCGGCUCUAAACGCCGGAGGGCGGCUUAGAACGCCCAAACUGUCCUUUGUACUUACCCAGUCGCCGGCGAUCCCACGCCAUCGAUCGCGGUAUUGGGACUUACCUGGGAGCCCAGGGAGUCCCCCUCAGUCCUCUUCUGCCCCCCUGGGCCAUGUGAUUGCGAGGUCCUUGCGAGGACAUCGCGAACACAUGGACGGCAUAGCCGUCUAUUGCAAUGCCAGCAGGGGGAGUGGCAGUCCCUGCUGUCUGGAGGAAAAAAAAAAAAAACUGUUUAAAAUAACAUUAUAUAUACUUAGAUCAUAUAUAUAUGAUAUAAGUAUAUAUAUACACAUACACUGUCUAAGUGUAUUUUAAUAUAUAUAUAUUAAUUUUAAAAUACAGUUAGAACAAAAUUACACAUUUAUUUUUUAAUUUUAUUUUUUAACGUAUGUGUGUGUGUGUGUGUGUGUAUGUAUAUGUGUGUGUGUAUGUGUGUGUAUAUAUAUAUAUAUAUAUAUAUAUAUAUAUAUAUAUAUAUAUAUAUAUAUAUAUAAAUAAUAAUUCUACAUAUGUAUUUAUGUAAUAAUUUUACAUAAUUAGGUCAUUUUAUUAAUUACAGUUUGCGGGACCUGCCUGACAACCCAGGUCGAAAGUCCAGGGAAUUUAAUAUACUAGCACUAUAUUUAGCCCUGUAACUUCCCAAAACACCAUAAAACCUGUACAUAGGGGGUACUGUUUUACACGUGAGACAUCGCUGAAUACAAAUAUAUGUAUUUUAUUGCAGUAAAAGCAAACCGUAUUAUGAGAUUUACAGUUAAAAUGUCACGUAGAACUAAAUUAAUUUUUUUUUUUAAAUCUUAUUUUUCCCCCUUUUUUUUUAUAUUUUAUUCAUAUUAAAUUAUGUUUCAUGCAUAAAUAUUUGAUGUUAAAUGAAAGCCCUGUUUCCCCUGAAUAAAAUGAUAUAUAAUAAAUGUGGGUGCACAUAAUAUGAAAGAGGCGAAUUACAGACAUAUAGCGCACAUUCCAGUUUUUGUUUACGUUUUGUUUUGAUCACAACGUGUACAUUUGGUUCAGUCCUUAAGGGUUUAAUGCAUGUGCAGCACUCGCUGCACAUUCGCAUUAGGUUUCCCUCAUCAUCUGAAGUCGGAGGAGGAGAAGGAGCCUGACCCAGUAUAAAAUGUGAUCUAGUAGACACAGGAUAGUAUUAUGUGCUCCCUUACAUUCCAAUACACAUAUUGGUGUUAGGGGGAAACCUUACGAGGAUAUCGAGUCCUGCUAUUUCCUAUAAGUGUAUUAUGUUGUCAUGCUGGUCGAACUCAAACCAUAUUUAACAACUAUUUUUCAUGACUUUCCAUUUACAAAAAAAUUCUCCCUCCUUUUUUUUUUUUCCCAGCUGAAUAUAUAGUUAUGCAAUUUGGUCGGGUGGCUGAAGACAUCUUUACGCUGGAUUACAACUUCCCUAUGUGUGCUCUUCAGGCCUUCUCUGUCGCCCUCUCUAGUUUUGACAGCAAGCUUGCUUGUGAAUGAGAGUCACUUGCUUCGUCCACUACAGUCAAUCCGUCAUACUUGCCCACAUCUUCACCUGCCAAAAUGUUGAUCUGGAUCUAGGAGUGUAAUAUUUCUUCUCAAAUGUUGGGUGGGCACAAUUAGCCACUGUGCCUUCCAUGUUUCAUAAAUAUGCAAAACCUUUAAGAUCUUUAAAAAAAAAAAAAAAAAAAAGUUAUAAAGUAAUAUUUAAUCAGUCACAUCAUAUAUAUUACAAGAUACGAAUUUUAUAUAUAUAAAAGUAGGGUAAUUUUUUUUAAGAUUCUGGAAAGCAGCUGUGAUGUCAGCAUGUCGUUUUAUUAUUUAAAACAGAGCAGAGGAGUGUAAAACAAAUAAAGAACACCAGUAUUUUUCAUUUGCUCUAUUCAAAAUUAUGUUUUUAUGUCAAAUGUGACUGAUCUGCUAUCCUUCAAGAGCAUUGAGCUAAAACUGACACAGCACAAAACAGAGAGUGGGUAGACAAUGGCAUCCUCUGAUGGAAAACACGUACAUAAAUCUUGAUAUUCAUAUAUUUUUCUAAAUAUUCUAAUAUAUCCAAUAUUAAGUAUAUUGACUCCUCACUCUGCUGCUGCCUCUUACCUUCGAUUUAUCUUGCACAGUGAUGCACACCCUGUGCUUCCAUUACUUUGUCUCUUGACAAAAACAGGUGCUCUGUUUUAUUUAUGACUCUGUGAAGCUGUUGUUUUAAAGGUAAACUACAACCACCGUAUCCAAGACCGCUUAUUGUACGACUGAUCCCCAGUGUCAAUUCAGACGCAUCAAAAUGUUUAACACCAAGUUAGCAUGACUGAAUCCUGUUUAUACACCAUCAUUGAAAGUUUAUCUUUGUAUGGUAGGAGCAUGCAAAGCCUGUUUAUGCAGUACAGAUAUUUUCUGCAGAUUAUGAAGUGAAAUUCCUCAUUGUAAUACCUCCAGCAGAACUGGUGAGCUUAUGGUGCUUUUUUUCCCCCCAAAGUAUUUUGACAAAAAACUUGGCUGGACUUUACUCGUAGUCUCCCAACACCAUACACACCACAAAAUGCCAUAGCUUUACUCUGCCUGUGCCUGUUUUUUGUACUUUUGUUUGCCUUUGCUUUGAUGUAUCGCAUAACAGGAUCACUAGAAAUCAGUUAAGACAUUCUACUGAUCGAUACAUGUUCAACUCAGGCUAUAUGCAGUAAGUGGAUGGGAUUCUUUAAAUAUCCUCUGUAAGCACUUUCCUAUAACUCACCCUCUAGUGUAAGGGAUCCAAGCUGUUUGGGUAUUCAUUUAAAUAACGUGUGCUUUUAAUGGUAAGACCUUUGUAUCUAAAAGCCUGGCUUUAGAUAGAUAUUUAGUCACUAAAAUAGAAACUGUGGAAAUCAGUCAAAUAAAUUACUACUUUUAAGCUGAAAUAGCUAAAUUUAAGGGAAAGAUUUGAUUUUUUAUUUUAUUUUUUGCCUAAUUUUUGCUCCUCCAUUUUUAUUCUUCCUAAAGGGAAACCGUUACUUCCCAUAAUUUUUAAUAUUUUGUUUACUUAUCCUUCCAUAGCUAACAAGUACAUGUUUGUGAGAUCUGAAGAUAAAAUUAAAUGUAGAAAUCAAAGCAGUUGUAUUUACCACUAUGCUGGAACUGAGUACUUCCAUCUUGGCUCUUUGUCCAUCUUUCUUUUAACUGUUGCCUUUUUCUGUCAUUAAAUAUAGAUAGUGGAGGAGGAGAAAGAGAACAGACACUCCUGUUCCUCCUCCUCAUUUGCGUUGUCUGCUCUGGCUGUGCCUGGACUGAACUGGAUGAGAAUGUCGGUUGCUAAAUCUUUCAUAAAAUGUUAUAGGGGAUUUUCUGUGUUUUAUUAAAAAGUGUUGUUUCCACUUUAAGUCCAAAUUUAGGGAUCAAGCCCCAUAGUCUUAUGCUUUAAUUUUUGUUUUCUAUAUUGAAACUUUUAAUUCUGCUGCUAUCUGUCAUGACUUCAUAUGCUGGUUUUUUUUUAUGGAUGUCUGUGUUGUUUUGUUCUGAAUCCAUUGAUGUUACUGCAUGCAAUGCCUUUCACUAACCCGUGAUGCUUAUAAAGGGAUAUUGUGCACUUUGAUGUGUCCCCAUACACUGUCUGUUAAAACUCUUUGCACAUUCUAGACCCUUAUCUUUACAUUUACAAUCAAUUGUGGAGAUUAAACUAAUGAUACAAAAUGUAGUCCAAGCAGGAUGCAUUUUAAAAGAGUGCUCUCUUGUUAUGUUAUUAAUUAUUCACUGUUUACCAAAUAUAUUCCUUGGUGAAACUAUAACCAUAACUUUUUAAAUUUGCUGGGAGCUCUUAUGGUGAAUGUGUAACUCAAAGUUGUACUCCUAUUACUGCAGGCCUGCUGGUUGCAUUGAAUUGUCCCUAAUUAAAGGUGCGGUGUGGAUCUUUCAUUCAACAAAAACCACAAGUUAGAGAACCUAUGUAUUGCACAGAACAUCUAUAGCCUCUGUUUUGAUUGCCAUAAGGUAGAGCAAGUGUAUAGUAUUUGAAAUUGAGAAAGAACUCGAUAACUCUCCCUUUGCAAGAGAAUUAAUAUACUCUACACUAGUCAUUGUUGUUUAUUACUCUCUGUUACUUUGGUCUAGUGAUCUAGUGGAAAACAGCACUCUAUGACUUGAAUGUAGAAUGUGAGACUUCCCAAAUAAAAAAAAAUGUGUGUGUGUGUGUAUAUAUAUAUAUAUAUAUAUAUACACACACACCUCUCUCUCUCUACCUCUGAACAGUGAUUGCUGGUUUCCGAUUCUGUGCCUAAUGCUGCUGUGAACAGGCUUGCCUGUUAAGCAUUUAAAGUGACCCUUGCAUCUUUUUCUUCUGUACCCUAGUUUAGAGAUGGCUAACAUUUGGCGAUAUUGCCAUUACUGCUCUAGCUAGUGAUUUUAGACGAUUUGAGCCUAGUCUGUAUUUUAAACAUGCAACUAUAUCUCAGAGCUAAAUAAUAUUCUACAGUGUAUCCUAUUUUUAAUAUAUUGUACAAACCUGAAGCCUUAAUUCAUUAAUCCAUUUUCUGCCGGGAACAAAGUUUUCAGAUCCAUACCUCCUUCUUCUAACUGUGCCUAAAAGUGGAAGUUGAAUUUCAGAAUAUACUGUAACAUGUCUGAGUGAAAGAGCCAGGUUUAUUUGUGUACUAUUACACAUCAUUUGCAGAGAAUGUAAACAUGCCUGGGCCCAGCAGAGUUCCCUACGGGCAUAUAUAAUUUUAUUUUUUUUGCAGAGAGAUGUGCCAAUGUGUGUUGUUACACCCUGUAAAUUUAAAAACAGUGCAUGAUCCACCUCUUUGUAAUCCAAGAACUAUAAGGUCAAGACCAGCCCUACUGUCUGCCUGUUUUACACUUCUAACUUUUGGCAGAUUUGUAGGGUAUUCUAUAUAAAUAGACCUUCUGAGUUAAGUUAAAUGUGGAGUAAUCAGAGAUAUUUCAUGAAAAUUGCUCCACUUUUAAAGUUCUGCCCCAUGAUUGUCUUAAAAUACUUUUAUCAUAGUAUCAUCUCUCUAUAAAAUAGCAAGGAGAGCUUCAUUGUGGUGCAAGCGCUUCAUUGUACAUUAUUGUGAUUUUUAUAAUGCUGUAUAAAGUAAGUGUUAAAAUAUAUGAAUGUAUUUUCUUAUUUCUUUUCCACACAAUGUUUAUCAUUGAAAUCAGAUGUUUUGUUUUGAUCCCAAUUAAUUGUAGGUGUGGGGUGUUUCUAUAACUCUAAAUGGGAAACCAAAUGUUAGUGACCAGAAAAAUCUCCAAACAGGCACUUUAUUUCUUAAUAAUCAUGGAUUUAUCCUUAUGGUUGUAAUACAAUGAAAACAUUAAUUUUAUAUUGUAUACUUUGUAUUUUGGCAAUAAAAAUCAU